AUGCCGCUGGGCGACCUGGUCGUCGGUCGCACAGCGUCGAUUGCUGCGGAAGGGCUUCUGGUGAAACUACCGGGGCAAGACGCCCCAGCACUGCUACCCCGUCAGGUGGCGUACAGUGGCAUCGCGGUGGGUGAUGAAAUUUGCGAUUUGUUGGUGGUGUGGUUGUAUCCUGACGGCUCCGCAAGCGUGGUGGUGCCAGAAGCUACCGCUCAGGAGCUGGUUGCUACAGGCCAGUUUCCAAGUCUUGAGAAGCAAGAUGAUACGAGCAUGGCGCCGGUGAGAAGCAAAGGCCGCUGGGGUGCAGCCAAAGAGCCCAAAGAGCCCAGCCCGGAGCUUGAGAACUCCAAGGACUCAGAAGCAUCCAGGCUGAUGCCGUUCCUUGUGGCCGGACAUGCCACAGAUGCGCCCACUUAUGCAAGUGUCGCCCUGGUCAAGCCAGAAACCACCUUGAGUUACGUGAGCCAGUCCAGUGCCACUAAGAGCUCAUCAGCCAACAAAGAUCCUGCCAAAGAGCAGGAGUCAGAAGACACGAUCUACUCCAGGAAGCAACUUCUAACUCUCCGGCAGUCUAUGCUCAUGAUGCAGGAUGCAGGCGAGUCAGCAUCCUCACCAUUGCCGACCUCGAUGCCGUGCAAGGAGGAGGAGCUGGACAGCAGCAUGCUGCAAAUGGUCAUUUGCACGCGGCAGCUUCCAGUGUGGUGGGGCAGAUGUGGCAAAGAGGCCAAGCGGCAAGCCUUUCGGUUGGCGUGCCGCACGGGGCGUUUGCGGAUUGUGAAAGCCAUCUACGCCGGGGGCGAUGUGGGCAUUGACACAGACUUCUUGGCCGAGACGGUCAAGGAGAUGUGCAAUGAUGCACAGUCAUCCGCUGGCUUCAAGCCUGGCAAGAAGCACAAGCGUUCAGAGGAUGCUCGAGGAUUGCUCUUGUCAAGGGCAGAGGCGCAAGCCGUUGCGGCUUGGGGGCGAGCAGGGGCUGGCGCUGCCACCGCUGGAGUCGCCUCACCGGCAGCAGAAGCUAUCGCCUGGCUUUUGGAGCAUGGUGCGCCGGUGGGGUUGCUGCUACCAGAGGCCCCAGGACCAGAGGCGUUAUCCGCUCGCCUACGUGGGCUGGGCAUCAUAGCCGAGUAUGGUCCCUCCAUCUCGGAGGUGGAGCACAUUGUUGAAGCUGUGGCUGGAUGCCUCAAGGACCCAGAGGCCUCAGGGAGGUUGGCGGCAGCCCAGACCUUGGCGAGAUUUGGAACCGCGGCCGGCCAAGCUCCCCGAGCCCUACCGCGCCUCCGGCGGCUCGUGCAAUCGGACAAAGAUGCCAAAGUACGAGAAGCUGCUGCUCUGGCCUUGGGAUGCCUGGGCCGCGAUGGUUUGGAUGUGAUGGCCAAGUUGGAGACGGACGAGGCUCAAGGUCUUUAUGCACUCGCCAUCGGCAGCAGCGGAUUGGCGGGAGAAGCUCUGGUGGACAGGCUGCUGGCCUUCCUCGCUGAUCCUGCCACGGAGGCCACGGCAUUGCGGAUGCGUGCUGCCGAAGCGCUGGGUGCUCGUGGCGAGCUGGCAUCGGAGAUGCAACUGGAAGCUUUGGCUCGGAGCUUGCAGCAUGACACAAAUGAGAUGGUGCGUGAGGCAUGUGCGAAUGCCAUUGGCGUCAUGGGCUGCAGCAACAAAGGCCUCACUACCUUGGCCAGAGCUUCCUUGGAGCUUGGCCUGGAGGAGCGGAGGGUACUGGGAACUCGUUCCAUUUCAAUGGGCGCUUGA